AUGCAAGUGUUGAUAAGCGUAGAGGGGCUAGAAAGAGAAGUCUUGGUCGGUAGGCAGAACAAGGCUAAUGGUGUGUAUAAGCCCAAAAGGAAAGGUCCUUGUCAGGAUGAUGGUUUGACUGAGGGUCUAGAGAGACCUUACAGAGGAGACAUGCCAAAUCCCUUGAUGAUGGGAGUUCCCACUUUCAGGUUGUUUGUGUUAAAGGCAACUUUGAUUGAGUGCACCUUGCUUUCUUCUUUUUGGCUUCUUCUUGAGCUACUUGAGUUGAUGGCAGAAGAAGCAAUUGGGAGGGAAAGAGUCCAAGCGAUUAGCCCAAGACAGACAGUAAGACUCGCUCACUCGGGUGCUACACCUGUAGCUCUCGUUACACAUUCACUAGCUUUAGAGCUAAGGAAUGUAGGGGAAGAAAUGUUCUUGGUGGAUGUAGGACUUGGGACCCCCAUAAUUUUUAUGCAAGAUGAGCCUACAGGAGUGCCAAUCAACCGAGCCACCGGGUUUAAGAAUAAGGUGGGAUCCCUAGAUCUAGUGGCCGGUGAAUCACUGAUCAAAAAGAAGAUUUUGGAGAGAUUCUUCAUCGAUCUAGUGGCAGGCGAAUCACUGAUCAAAGAGCGAGCAAUCGCCAGGAUCAAACUGAAGUGCUAUAAUGACCACAACAUGCGUUUCAUUCUCUUUGAUCUUACUUUGAUUGCGUUUUAUGAAUUCGCACCGAGAGCUAGUGCUUGUUAUAUGGAUCUCAUCGGAAAUGUUUGA